UUGUACUCAAACUUAUCUCCGAAAACUUCAUGUAACUGACAGCAGCAGGUCAUCACCAUCAUCAUCAGCAAGGAUUCACUGUUUAACAUCCUCUGAACCUGCUGAUCCGCCUGAUCCCUUCCAUCCUCCUCCUGCCUCCAUGGUGAUUCAGCAUGCUGUCAGUCAGGAUGUUGGGCCUUCUCAGGCUCAUGCUUUUAUUUUCUGAUUCAGGCAGUGAAUGUCCUCCUGCGUUUAACCGUCUCACCCUGGAUCCUCCUUUUAUUAUACAAGAAUAUGACGAGCCUAUCCUUGUCAAUUGCACCUACAUAAGUGCAGAACAUGAUGGGAUAUACUGGAAAGUUGGAAAUCUAACCUACGAUGAGGAAUACAGAAGUUACAGAGUUUUGUCAUUGCCAAAGCCGGAGUGGAACACAGAAGCCCAGUGCAGAAUCAUGCUGAGUGAAACCGAUGAAUGCAGCAAAGACCUUGACAUAACUUUGUACAAGAAACCAGACCACGUUAUUGUGUAUCCUGUAAGUGGCAAUGACCCUGUAGAGGGGGAGCAGUAUGAGCUGCAGUGUGACAUCGUCAAUGUUGCUCCAGUUCAAAACCUCACUGUGACGUGGUACAGAAACGAUCAAAUCAUCAAGAGAGAUUAUUUCACCAACACAACUAAAACCCCAGAGUCUGAGUCUUCAAUUCUGCCACUCAACAUCAGUAGAGAAGACGAUGGAGCUGAGUUUACAUGUGUGGCUCAGCUGAACCUAGGGCCAGAUGGACCACAACCUCCUGUCAUGUCAAAUGAUAAUUACACAUUAUCUGUGCACUAUCCUCCUGAGUUUAAGAUUAACAAUGUUACCGACAUCAUCAGUGUGAAUAAAAACAGUGACAUCUUACUGAACUGUGAGGCUGAGGGCAACCCCAAACCUCAGUAUAAAUGGACCAAAAAUGAUGUGACUCUUUCAAAUGACACAGAAUAUCUAAAUCUCAUUCAAGUAAAUGAAAGCACAAGCUAUUUCUGCACAGCAACCAAUAAUCUCAGAAGUAUUGAAAAACAAUUCUAUAUUAUUGUUGUGGCUGAAACCAAAACAACACCAGCCCCUGAUGUGAUGACCAACCCACAGGCAUUUGUCCCAAAAGAUUGUCCACUUACAAUAACACCUCCUGAAAUUGUGGUGAGAUAUGGAGAUCCAGUUUCAGUCAACUGCAGCACAACAUCUCCCGAUGUAAUAGGAAUUGGCUGGGAGGACGUAGAGACAGAAAAUGUUUCUGAUGUGACCUGGACAGUUGAUAAACUGGAAUACUGGAAUAUGAAUCCUGCAUGCUUCGCCACACUGAAAGACAACAGCCAAUGUGAAACGAUCCCAAACAUCACUGUUUAUAAGACUCCAGACAUUGUAUCAGUCUCUACCUUGAACAUAUCUGGUCCAAUGGUUCAGGGCAGAGAAUUCCAGCUGAUAUGCAACAUCAUUAAUGUGGCCCCUGUCAACAGUCUCAAAGUGAAGUGGUACAGAAACAAUGAAACUGUACAUACAGAAAUGUUCAUUGACACCAGUGUAACCCCAAAGAAUGUAUCCUCUAUUUUGAAAAUGACUCCUGGGAAAGAUGACAAUGGAGCACACUUCACAUGUGUGGCUGAACUGCAUCUUGGAGGGAAUGGACCACAGCCUGUCCCAUCUGAAGUCUCAGAGCCUUACAUCGCUGUUGUGGACUGCCCAGUUACAAUAACACCUGCUGAAAUUGUGGUGAGAUAUGGAGAUCCAGCUUCAGCAAACUGCAGUACAUCAGUUUCAGAUGCUGCGGGAAUGGGCUGGGAGGCUACAUUUGGAGGUGUAGGAUUGACAACUGCUCCUACAGUCCACUGGGCAGUUAAAAAGCUGGAAGUCUGGGAUUUGCAACCAUUGUGCUUUAUUACACUGAAAAAUAAUGACCAGUGUGACAAGACACUGAAUAUCACUGUUUAUAAGACUCCAGACAAGGUGUCAAUCUUGGAUAAUGGCCCAAUGGUGGAGGGUAAGGAAUAUCAUCUGAAAUGUGACAUCAGUGAUGUGGUCCCUGCUGACAAGGUCAAAGUGAAAUGGUAUAGAAACGAUGAAUAUGUGCAAGAUAUGGUCAGCGACACCCAUGUGGACCCACACAACAACAACAUCAGUGCUAUUUUGACAAUCAUCCCCAAGAAGGAUGACAAUGGAGCAAAUUUCACAUGUGUGGCUGAGCUUCAUCUAGGAGAGAAUGGACCACAGCCUGUCCCUGCUGCAACCUCAGAACCUUACAUCGCUGUUGUGCACUAUAAGCCGUUGUUUUCAUCUUGCCCACCCUAUGCUGGUAAGGAGUAUGAGUUCAUUAUGAACAUGGUGCCAUGCCAAGCUGAUGCGAACCCCCCAACUGUUGUCCAGUGGUAUUAUCAUGAAACACCGAUCAAUCCCUUUGUGCCCCUCACAAGAAAUCAGUCAGGAAAGUACAGAGCUGAGGCUGAAAACCACGUCGGGAAGAGCAGCACGUCUGUUGAUGUGACAGUUGAAUAUGGUCCUUCAUUUUCCUGUAAUGACCGCUAUGAAGUUGAAGAAAAUGGCAAUUUCUAUUCUAAGUGUCAACCAGAGGGAAUACCUGAACCCGACACUGUCUGGUUUAAAGAUGGAAAGCAGAUGAUGGAAUCCCCACAGAUCUGGAGAAGACAGGAUAGUGGAGAAUACUCAAUUGUAGCAACCAACAAAUAUGGAAAAGACAGCCACACUCUAUACCUUGAUGUUUUGUAUGCACCUGAGUUCCAGGAGAGAAAUUACAGCAGGGAGAUGAUCUCAGGUGAAAAUAUAACUCUGAACUGCUUUGCUGAGGGAAACCCUUCCCCUCUAGUCCAGUGGUAUCAUCCCCCUGCGGUAAAUGUGCACACCACUAGAGGGCAGCAGAGUAUCAGUAUCAGUGUCACAGGAGCCACGUCUACCAAUGCUGGUGUUUACAUCUGUGGUGCCACGAAUAAAGUUGGGAGUAUGUCAAGAAAUGUCACACUGAUUAUGAAAGGUGAAACCUCCACAAUUCCCCAGAAUUUAAUAUUGGUGUUGCUAAUUUUGGUUAUCGUUUUAUUAUUCGUCAUCCUCAUCGCUGUUUUGUUGAGACGCAAGAGAAAACAUGGAGAAUAUAAUAUGGUGCCAAAUAGUUUGCCACUGAGUACACGGUCCAACGGGGUGCGUGUUUAAGACACUUAUUUCUGGCUAAACAAGCAAAUCAAGCAGCCUCAGUAUUGAAAAAGUAAUCAUUCUUAAUCAGAGACGUCAUGAUUUUUCAUGGAAGCAAUAGUGUGUAAAUAAUGUAUCCUCAUUUUAAACUUUCAUAUGUUUUUUUUUUUAAUUUUAUUUUUUUAUACUAUCAGAUCCAGACUUUUAAAUACCUUUUGU